AUGUCAGCCUCUGCCGAAGAACCAUCCCAUCGCCUCGCUGAUGAUCGCAUUCUGGUUGCCUGUGCGGCCGUCUACACAUAUGAUCGAAUGCUCACCGUCGGGAAAGAGAUCGAGCUCAUAUGGCACCGUAAAAAGAUAGGCGUUGUCAUACCCGUUCUCUUCGCCUCUAUGCAUCUAUUCACGGUCUUGUUAUUGGUGCUCGACAUGGCAUUCAUUCCGUCUCCGCACACAUGUGAAGUAAAGGCGAGUUUCUGGAACUUGAGGACGGGUCACGGCACAGUCGAAGCUCAAAGGGCUCAUCUACCUUCCUUCAGCUACUACAUUCUAUAUAUUGCAGCAGGUGUCAAUGUCUGCUUUCUAUAUUUCGUUUUGGGAGCUGUGUCUGCCCUGCGCGUGUUCGCAAUUAACGGUAGAAGAUACCGUUUUCCCGCCAUUGUCAUGGCUGUCUCGCUUGUUCCGGUCGCGGCGAAUGUUCUCAAUCUUUCCACUGUCUACACGCUUCCUACUGCCUAUCCUUUCCGCUGUGCGGUCAACUGGAGAUUAAGCUUGCCCUUGAUGCGCAACGUCAUGCUGUCGGACGCGAUGGUCCUUUUGGCUACGUGGCAAGCCACCGGUGGGAUCAGGCGGCUCGCUCACGGACACAACAUCAACAUAUCUAUAACAAAGCGCUUGCUACGGGGUGGGACGCUGUACUUCUUUGCACUUUUGCUCAUGAACGCACUCGUCCUCGCACUGUACAUCUCGCCAGCGAGCUUUGUGGCAGGCAACAACAUGGCAUUGCUCUCCGACGUCGCGACGACUGUCUUGCUCUCUCGCCUAUUCCUCAGCCUGCGCGAAGCUGUCCUUGCUCCCCCAGAUCCAACGUUCUCGGGUCCAAACACGUCGCAGACAUCCCACUGGUCCGAUCUACGCUUCGCGCGCGCCCUUGGGCCACUCGGGAACUCGGUCACAGAUAGCGACGCUGGGCAGGGGAUGGAAGACGGGGAAGGCUUGGUUGAAAUGAGUAUUGAGUUAGUUGCUGGCUCAGACACGGCUGAGGAGGUGGCCCGCCGUUCACCUGCUCCUGCGUGGUCUGGGCUUGCCGGCUCUUUCGAGUCGCCUCCGAUCCAAAGAGACUCCUCCACUGCCGUCACUGAUAGGUCACUGCUCGUGGCCAUCGAGGAAGUGGCAUGA